UUUCGGCCGGCUGGUCCAUCGGCCCGUGUCCGGCCCGCGCUGCCGCGACCUGGGAGCCGAGCCGGGCAGGCGGGGAAGCUGGGACCGGACGGGGCGGGAGCGGCCGGGUCUUGGGUGUAUGCGGCCGCCGGACGCGCCGGGGCCGGCAGCGGGGAAGCGGGGCGCUGACGGCUGACGGGGGGCUUGCCAUCCGCCCCCAGAGCAGCAUGGAUGCCCCACGGAGGGACAUGGAGUUGCUGAGCAACAGCCUGGCGGCCUACGCGCACAUCCGCGCUAACCCCGAGAGCUUUGGCCUCUACUUCGUGCUGGGAGUCUGCUUUGGCCUGCUGCUAACGCUGUGCCUACUAGUCAUCAGUAUCUCCUGCGCUCCCCGCCCGCGGCCCCGGGUCCCUGCUCCGCGCCAGGACCCCCGCAGCAGCACCCUCGAACCCGAGGACGACGAGGACGAGGAGGAGGACACGAUGACGCGGCUGGGCCCCGACGACACGCUGCAGGGCCCAGAGCUGACGGCUGAGCCAGACGGGCCGCUGAGCGUAAACGUCUUCACGUCCGCAGAGGAGCUGGAGCGGGCGCAGCGCUUGGAGGAGCGGGAACGGAUCCUAAGGGAGAUUUGGCGCACUGGGCAGCCGGACCUGCUGGGCACUGGCACGCUGGGGCCCAGCCCCACGGCCACAGGCACCCUGGGUCGCAUGCACUAUUACUGACCGGCCCUUUCCCGCUGCAAGGGGCUCUGCGUACUGGACAUGCACAGGAACUCACAGCUGCCCCAGGACAUUGGGACUGCCCCUGCCCACGGUGCUAUGGAGGCCCCGCCCCCACGGCUCCCCAGUGCCAUUGGACCUGGAUCCCCACCUUCUGAGAUGCCCAGUCCUGCCAGAAAGCCCGCGGGGGAGGAGGACAGGGCACAGGGUCCCCAGCCCUUCUCCUGCGAUCGGUUAAGAGAUAAGUGACCAAUGAAAACUGCAUUCUUAGUGACUCAGUCUCCCUUUCUUACUUCUGUCCCCAACGUCCUCCAGGCUCCUGCCAUGCAGGGGGACCCAGAUUGAGACACUACUCGACUCUUUUAACCAGGCUGACCACCUCCAUCAACCCACCCAACACCUGAGCAUACAUGCUUGCAUUCAGUUCACAGACUGAAAAAAAAAAAACACUCCCUCCACCACCUCACAGCCUCACGCACAGAACAAGUUAUCACUCGCAUUCCUUCCUCACAAAUGCAUUCCUUCCCAGGCGAAGGCCUGGGCGCACUUUGCCCCUGGGAUCCUGCAUCACUACACAAACACACACACACACACAGAGGCCCCGGGACCCUGCCCUUGAUGCUGAGGCACUAUUAGUCCGUGUUAACCGUGUGUGCUUGAGCGGGGCUCCGAGCAGAGAAGCGUUCCAGCGAGUUCUUCCGAGCGAACUAUGGGGCCAACUGGGAGGGGUCCCGGCUCCAGAGCAGGCCCGCCC